AUACAUAUACUGCUCACUUCGUGUUAUUUACUUUAAUUUGUCAUAAUAUUCUGUUGAAUUCAAGCUGUUUGUUUUGAAUAUUGUUAUCAGCUGAUUAAGAUAAAUAAUGGACAUAGAAGACGAUUUGGAAAUUCUUGAAGAUAAAACCCAGCAGUACUUACUGGCAAAAUUCGAAGAGUUGAAGCUUCAAAACGAAGAAUUGCAAGCUGAACUGAACGACAACCAGCAAGAACUAUCUAAAUCUACUUUCCACGAUGGCAAUUCGCUACAGAUUUCUGAUAUAUGGAAAAGGAUACUUAGCUAUAAAUGCGUGUUGGGCUUUGAGGUAAAUUCUCCUGAGGGCCUAAAGAAUGUCAAUCUAAUGCUCACUAUUGAUAAUGAACCGAAUUUAACUUACACCAUUAAAAUAUUUCAAUUAUCCAACGAGGAGAACGGAGAGAGCGCGAAAGAUUCGCGGUAUUGCAGGAAGGAUGAGUUAAUUUCUAAAUCAAUUUACAGAUUUAACGAAAACAGUUGCGAUAAUGCAAAACACGUUUUUGUGACUGCUUCUUUUGAUUUUCCUCCGUUUCUACAUAAGCAUAUUUAUGUAAUACAUGGCAAUAUUCAGUGCGGCACAAAAGCAAAAAAAUUAUUUAACUGUCCUUUUCCAAGAGUGGAGUUUUCUGUAGACGACGCUUUACAAAAUAGUUUAUGUUACGAAAUUAAUUCAAUGUCAACUCUUUUAACUUCCGUGUCGUGCUAUAAUGUUAGAGAAUUUGCUUUGAAAACAACUGAGUUCCCAGUUGAUUAUCGAAGUGCACUUCAAUCCCAUUGUCCAUUAACUUAUGUACCAUUUAAAUCUGGAGGGUAUUUUCUAUCCGAUAAAACUCCAUUAUUUGGCCAUUUAUCAAUCGUUAUUUUGAAUGUGUACACAUUUGAAAACCAUAGCAUUCUCAACUUUAAAAUUUUCGCGGAAAAAAGACAACAGUACGUUUUACUUACUCAUUCCAUACUUCAAUGCUUGAAGAAUAUUGUUGACGACAAUCGUCCUAGAGCAGUUAAUCAUGAUUUUGAGCUUAUUCAACGUGAACAUGAGACAACACGAACAUUGAAUGAUUUUAUAACAGAACUGAAAGAGGAAUGUGACAAUUUAUCAGGGUUUUUUGAGAAGAGUUUAUUGAAUGCCAGAUUACUGCUUAAUGAUAUUGAAAGUAAAUCAGAUUCCACUUAUGCACAAGUUCGUGUUGAUGGGUAGGCCAUAUUCAUGUCAGAUUACGCGACUGUAAAUAUAUGAGCUAAACGUUCGUUAAAUAUAAAUAAUCCUUUGUUACGUUUAUUGCUGAUGUAUUUCAAUAUUUUUUAAAUAAAAUAUGUGAUAAUUGCCUUA